GCGCUCCUCUGUAUGUGUAUGUGUUCGCUCGCGUUGGAGCUGUGGCAGCGGCGUACAGUAGCAUGGCAGACUGCAGUAAAUACACAGUUGAAGAGGCGGGGUUUGACAUCUCAGCUCUGAAAACAUCUCUAAUCCAGUAUUUCAGGUGCCGAAGUCGACCGAGCGACUAUUGCUCACUACCGCCGCGCAUCAGCGAACUGCUGCAGAACCGCACAACACUACGCACGCCUCUGAAGAAAAACCCGGAAUAUAUCGCAAGUGGACGGAGACAGCUGCUGAGUCUGAAGAGGGAUUGUAGAGGGGAAAGAAACACAACAAAAAGCCAGUGGGAGUGAAGUUUUUAGCGGCGUCAAGACCACACUUUGUUUCUGGUUGGCGUUGUAGUUUCCAACUUCUGUGUCAGCCCCUGAAGUAGAUUUUAACCAGCUACUCCAACGACUCCUCAGCACCUCCCCCCGAAACUCAACACAAAUACUUCAACUCUUUGAAUACGGAGGGAUAUUACAGCACUCGGACUUAUUCGCCUCUAUUAGAUUGCUGUCUGGCCUGGAAAAAAAAUCACAAUGAAUGAGGCUACGAAAGGGACUAUUGACUGCAGCUGACAAUCUUUUUUUCUAUCAGCACCAUGUGGCAAAAUUGGCUCAAAGGGGUCUGCAAUCCCUUUUGAAGAUGUUGUGAAACCGACCCUUCAAGACUAAAGGAUGACAGAGGCGUGUUCCCCUGUAAUCAUUUCACAUUUUAUCACAAGUGUCAGAACGCUGAUCAUCAAAGGGGUCCCCAUACAACUUGGAUUGUAACUUUUCUUUUUGUUUACUUGAACCUUUUUGGGAACCAGACUCAAUAUAAGGACCUUCUACAUGUUGCUGCAGAAAUGGACUAGAAGCCCAUGUGUAGCAGGGCAGCUGCUGCAGCUCGUGGAAUAACUUAAACCCCAACUACCACACCCCCCUCUCCCUGCCAUCGUCUGACUAACCCACCUGUCCAAAGGCAGAGCCCACUAUCCAAUGGCAUGGGCCAAGUUCUUCAGGAAGCCGGGGGGCAAUCUGGGGAAAUCGUACCAGCCGGGGAGCAUGCUGUCUCUGGCCCCUACCAAAGGACUUCUGAACGAGCCGGGCCAGAACAGCUGCUUCCUCAACAGCGCUGUGCAGGUAUUAUGGCAGCUGGACAUCUUCAGACGCAGCUUGAGGCAGCUACCUGGGCACUUCUGUCUGGGGGAAUCCUGCAUCUUCUGUGCUCUGAAGGGAAUUUUCUCCCAGUUCCAGCACAGUCGGGAACGUGCUCUGCCCUCAGACAACCUGCGUCACGCCUUGGCAGAGACCUUUAAGGACGAGCAGCGCUUCCAGCUGGGCUUCAUGGAUGAUGCCGCAGAGUGCUUUGAGAACAUUCUGGAGAGGAUCCACCUGCACAUUGUGCCUGAGGAGACGGACGCUUGCACAUCGAAGUCAUGCAUCACGCAUCAAAAGUUUGCUAUGUCACUUUAUGAGCAGUCUGUGUGCCGUAGCUGUGGGGCAUCCUCUGACCCACUGCCGUUUACAGAGCUGGUGCAUUAUGUCUCCACCACCGCACUCUGUCAACAGAUGCCUCAGCGCAGGGAUGAGUCUUUUGGGGAAUUAUUACAAGCAGCAAGUACAAUAGGAGACCUUCGUAACUGUCCAAGCAACUGCGGCCAGAGGAUAAGGAUCAGACGAGUCCUCAUGAACUCCCCCGAGAUAGUUACCAUUGGCUUCGUCUGGGACUCUGACCAGUCAGACCUCACACAGGAUGUUAUCAGAUCACUGGGGCCUCAUCUCAGUCUUUCUGCACUCUUCUACAGGGUGACGGAUGAGCAUGCCAAAAAGGGAGAGCUGCAGUUAGUGGGAAUGAUCUGCUACUCCAGCCGCCACUACUGUGCCUUUGCCUUCCACACCAAGUCUUCCAAAUGGGUCUUCUUUGACGAUGCCACAGUGAAAGAGAUCGGCUCCAGGUGGAAAGAUGUGGUCAGCAAAUGUAUCAAAGGUCACUUCCAGCCUCUCCUCCUCUUUUACUCCAACCCUGACGGGAGUGCGAUCACCGCAGAUGAUGCCUCAAGACAAAACAGCAACCACGCUCACUACAAGACGCCUUUGAACGGAGAUGUGCAAGGUUUUGAAUCUCCAGUUAUAAUCCCUAAGAAGCUGGACCUCACCAGGGAGAACCUGAAUGCUUUCCUGGACCAAGACUCAUUAAAGAAAAGUCCUUCCACCUACAGCAGGGGCAGCGCUCAGACGGGUGGAGGACGGGGACCAGUGAAAAUGGGCUCUAACGAUCCCAAGAGCCGCCUCAGGGAGCUUUCCCGAGAAGUUGCCCAGAAAGCAGUAGAGGCGCGUGGGAUGCAUCCAUCCAGAAGAGACCCUGAUAGGAGUGGUCAACGCAGGACGGAGUCACGCUACAGAGAUUCAGGUCAGGACAGGACCUACUCUCGCUCAGUCUCCCCUCCAGAGAAUGGCUUCCGGCAACAUGCGGAAAACCGACUGUACAGCAGCCAGGGAAAAGGUCCCACCCGGACUGAGCGGACACCCCACAUGGGGGGGCGGUCAUCACAUGAGGCAUACUCAAGGGUCCAAGGUUUGCCCAGUGGUCAUCACAGCAGGAGGUUAGAACAGCUCUCUAAUGGAUAUGACACUGACAGCAGCCAGGACUCCAGAGAACGUCCUGGAAGUGCAGGAAAUGGCCGCAGCAGGGCCAGCCGUCCCUGGAAGCCCAUGCGGGAGGCGCUAAAUGUGGACAGUGUUUUGAAUAGUAGCGGUGGGAAUUCAGUAAGUCAGGAGCGAAAGCAGCACAGCCCACGGAGAAGACCCAGUAGCCAGUCGCCCUCCCGUGAUCGAGAGCGAGACAGAGAUUUAACAUGGGGAGGCCGAGAAGAACGCAAACCCAAGAGCCUGAUGACCAUCUACGAGGACGAGCAGAGGCAUGAAACAGGAGGCAGCAGAAGCUCUCUGGACUCAGAUGGCCGGGGCGGCUACAGCGAAAAGGACAGGUCAAAGAGCUCAGCAACUCUAAAAGUGCGGAACGACAACUGGAAGAUCCAAAGAACUGAAUCUGGAUAUGAAAGUAGUGACAGGCUGAGCAAUGGCUCAGCAAACCUCGACUCACCUGUGGUGGAGAACCUUUCCUCCAAGGACCUGAGAUCCAUUCCUGAGCUGCAUCUAACAAUGGAUCACUUCCCUCAGAGAAGAAGUGAUGACUUGAAGGCUGACAGAUUGCACUCUGCAUUUUCAACUGGUGAACAAGGACGAACAUCCCCGGAUCUACAAGAUGCACCUUUCCUUUCCGGUCAGCCAAUACACAGAAGAAGAGCCUUCCGAUACACUCCCGGGAUCCUUGAAAAGAACAAUGGUCUGGACAGCGAGAGAGAGGACAGCGUGGACGGCCCUGUGAGCCCCGUGCCCCCUUACUUGGCAAAGACCAGCAGUUCAGAGUGGAACAGCUCAGACGACCUCACCGGACCUUUCUCUGAACAAGAAGAGACGGACACUGCUGCCCCAAACGGCCCUCUCUUGCACAACUAUCCUCCACCUUUACCUCCAAAGACCUUUGGCAGCAGUCACUCUGACCCAUCUGGCAUCCGCACACAACCGCCGGAGGUGCCAGCACGGCUUAGCCCCCGCCAUGAACCAAAAAACGGACUGUCCCCUCUGUCGCACACCACACUGCGUCGGUGGAUCGAGACACCUGCCGAGCAGAGGCUUUCAUCAGACACCAGCUCCAAGUCCGGGUCAUCAGACCAGGACCGGAACGACCUGUCAGCUAGUGAGAGCGACGAGAGGUUACCGAGUCCAAAUCCAGGACGUGAUGAUGGUACAGACUCCCCAGGUUUCACAGACAGGGUUCUCCCCACCACAUAUUUCUCUGUGGAUAACUGUAUGACAGACACUUAUCGGGCCAAAUACCAUAAGAGGCCUGCUAUGUAUUUGAAAGCAGAGGACCAUACGUCGUCAGGGGAGAGCGAUGUGGAAGGGAGGGGGCUUUCUUUUCCAGAUGCUCAGCCAACAGAGCCUUCAAAAUCUAGAGCAGAAUCAAGCUACUCUACUCCUAAGACGUCUGCAAAGUGGAACCCAGUUACUCCAAAAGGACUUGAUGAGCAUGGUUUCCUCUAAUUGAUGUGGAGCAUCAGCAUACCCUGACCUAUGAUCCAGCGACUGGAUGCCUACAGGAAUCGUUCUGCACUAUGACUGCUACACUCUGACUCCUUCGUAACAGGAAUGUGAAAUAGCCUUGUCAUAACAGGAAAGUUGGGCCUGAACUGGAUGCCAAAGAGAUUGUUUUAAAAAAAAAAGGCAGGUGUCCUUAAUAGCUGUCUUGCUGUUUUGGUAUGAACUGCUAAAAGCUUUGAAUGGAAAGUGAAUUUGCACAGUAGAGAGCACCAAAAAAAGGUACAGAGACCGAAACACGCCUACAAUGUUUUUGCUGUUGAUUGUUUGCUCGAAAGCAAAGAGUUUGGUUUGUCAAGAAUGUGUCACAAAAAGCCACUUUACCAUGAAAGAGAUUAUAUAACAUGAAGAAAGAAGUUUCUUCCAGUUCUCCUCACCCUCACUCCAGGAAAUGCUUUUGUUUCACUUCUCCAGUUUCAGUGUUAUGAGGUGUCAACACCAGUUCUCUCUUUUUUUUUUCAUUUAAUAAACUUAUCUUUGAAAAGUUCCUUCAUCAGAAAAAGGGUACUCUUGAAGUUUAGAUAGUCAGCAUAUUGGUCACUCUUUUUUGCACAUCUUAAAAAUGGAUCCCAAGGAUCUGUGUAAUGGGAAGCUCCAGGACACCCAUGUAGGUUUCCAUACGAAUUAGACCUAAUCAUAAAAUUGUAACAGCAGGAAAAGUUUCAACCCAAGAUUCUUGUUGGUACACACAUGACCUCUGCAAAUAAAAAAACGUAUUUCUGGUUCUCCUUUUGUAACUCUUAAUUACUUAUUCACUAAAUGAUGUCUAAACACCAGUGUGGGUGUCCAGGAGCUCACCGGUUGUGGGUGAAUUUGAGACAUUGAAUGUUCAUUGGUUAAAAAGUAUGCGGCACAUUAACUCCAGGCACGUCCCUCUCUCCUAACAAAUGCACACCCCAUCAUGCUUCAAUAUUUGCUGUUUUAAAUGUCUUUGCACUGUAUUUCUGGUUGAUUCUUUUCUUUCACACUCCUGACAGGUAUACACUUCAGUUGUUAGUCUUUAGUCUUUGAGUCAAAUACAGAUUUCUCUCCUGUUUCUUAAAAAGCUCUUAGCUCCAAUUGUACAUUUGUUAUCUAGAGUCAGGCGAGGCUUGCUUUAUUCGAGAGGGUUAUUAAUAUAACAUGUUGUAAAUUUGAAUGGUGAACUAUUUUAUGGGUCAUAAUGUUUUCUAUUUACAACAGACUCUAAUGCACAGUGCCUUUUGUACUUUUCUAUGUCCUGAAGGAUUAAAUUGGAGCCAUGAUUUGUAAAAAUUCUUUGAUUUAGAGGAAUUUUUGUAACAUUUUAUUUUUAUUGAUUAACAAUUGUUAAAUAAACAAUUUUAUUUAUCCGGA